GUGCUCUGCGCAGCUAAGGUUAGGGCCUGAGACCUCGUCCGUGUGCCCGGGGUGAGGGGGUGGCGGCGACCCCCAGGCUCAGGUGCGUGUGGUCGGGAAGGUGCGUUUCCAGACUUCUGCCUUCAGGGCAUUCGCCACUCAAUCACGUGCUACCCUGGGAAUAAACAACAACGGUAGGCGAGGUUCCUUGACCUCUGACUCUACGUCUAGCACCGCGAUAGACCCUGUUUGCAUUCCCUUGUUCCCUCCCCUCCCCCCGCUAUCAAUCACACCCGUUUCACAAAAGAGGAAAAGAGGAAACUGAGGCACAGUGAGGUUCGGGCAUGUGCCCGUGGUCCCACAGCUAGCGACAUUAGAAUUCAAACCCAGCGUCUGCGUCCUGCCAGGCACCUGCAAACGGAGAAGAAUAAGGCGCGAUGCGGGCCCCGCAAGAACCCCCAUCCGGAGGGGCUGGGGAGCAAGCGCACAGAAAACCCACAGGCACCGCCGACCCUGGGAGUGAGGCGGGCAAGGGACAGAGCCCCCUGCUUUCUGCGCCUCCCGGCUGGCCCGGCAACUACCGGCGGAUUGAGGACAGCAGAGUGCAAUGGAAGACCUGGACUAGGCUGCAAGUGGGCCAUUGGCGGGCCGUAGACCCGCAGCACAGCAUUAAAUUUCCCCAAAUUUCCCGCUGCAGAAGAAUCACCUGGAGAGGUUAACAACACGUAGUCUCGGGCCCCUCCCGCAGACAGUGAGUCACUGGCACUGGGCGGGACCUAGCCAGGUGUUGCUAACAGCCACGUAUGGGGCGUUCCAGGGGUGUGCUCUUUAUGAGAAACGAUUUCAUGGGGAAAGAGGUGUGCAAGCGAGGGCGCAUUUUCCGGGCCAAUUUCGAGGCUCACAGCAACCCAUCGCUCAGUGUAGGUCACGUGAGCCGGGUCAUCAGAAACCUUCUCUCCCCGCCCUCCCCCUCCCCCUCCCCAACUUUGGUUGGGCUUUGGAAAACCCAGAGGUGGGAGCACCGCCCCGCCCCUCCCCGCCGGACGACUACAAAUCCCAUCCUGCCCUGCGCGCGCGCACGUUACGCCAGAGCAAGAUGGCCGACACGAUGGCCACUGCGGGGGCUGGCAGCUCCGGAACGAGAUCGGGAGGUAAACAGUCCACUAACCCUGCUGACAAUUACCAUCUGGCCCGGAGGCGAACCCUGCAAGUGGUGGUGAGCUCCUUGCUGACGGAGGCAGGGUUUGAGAGUGCUGAGAAAGCGUCCGUGGAAACAUUGACAGAGAUGCUACAGAGCUACAUUUCGGAAAUUGGGAGAAGUGCCAAGUCUUACUGUGAGCACACAGCCAGGACCCAGCCCACGCUGUCAGAUAUUGUGGUCACUCUUGUUGAGAUGGGGUUCAACGUGGACACUCUCCCUGCUUAUGCAAAACGGUCCCAGAGGAUGGUCAUUACUGCCCCUCCAGUGACCAAUCAGCCAGUGACCCCCAAAGCUCUCACUGCGGGGCAGAACCGACCCCACCCGCCGCACAUCCCCAGCCAUUUUCCCGAGUUCCCCGACCCCCACACCUACAUCAAAACCCCGACGUACCGCGAGCCUGUGUCUGACUACCAGGUCCUGCGGGAGAAGGCUGCAUCCCAAAGACGGGACGUGGAGCGGGCACUCACCCGUUUUAUGGCCAAGACAGGCGAGACCCAGAGUCUUUUCAAAGAUGACGUCAGCACGUUUCCAUUGAUUGCUGCCAGACCUUUCACCAUCCCCUACCUGACGGCUCUUCUCCCAUCCGAACUGGAGAUGCAGCAGAUGGAAGAGACGGAUUCCUCGGAGCAGGAUGAGCAGACAGACACAGAGAACCUCCCUCUUCAUAUCAGCACGGAUGACUCUGGAGCCGAGAAGGAGAACACCUCUGUCCUGCAGCAGAACUCCUCCUUGACGGGGAGCCGGAACGGGGAGGAGAGCCUCAUCGAUAACCCCUACCUGCGCCCCGUGAAGAAACCCAAGAUCCGCAGGAAGAAGUGAGUUGGGAGCUGGGUGCCGAGAGGCGCUCUGGCCAACCGCGGCACAAGGGAGAGGCCACUCUUCGUUUUCAGAAAAGUGGGCCUGAACCUCGGGGAAAGCUACUCGAGUGAGAGGAAAUACCGUCCCUUUCCCUCUCCUUCCUCGUCUGCCACAUGUACCUCUUGGGCAAAGAGGUUGAGCUUCCUGCAGCCCCGGGACUAACCCUCACAGCCCUGGAGUUAUUGCCUCCUAGAAGGAGAGCAGGGGGGCCCACCAGGCAGGCUCCAUGGAUUCCUCUUCUUUCCAGGUCCCUCUCGUGAGCUGAGAAGAAAGCCUGCCUUGUACAGAGAUGCGGACUCCACGCUCCUGGGGGGAGUUAAAGCCGCUGGAGGGAAGCAGAAAGGGUGGCCUCCCGUGGUCCAGCGAGGCGGCUGGGGUGACUGGGCAUGCUUUUAACAGCAAACUGUGUUAAUAUUUCCCAUUUUCACCGAUGUCUGGGUUGAGGAAGAUAUGAUGUGGUGGUAAUAACGAGGCUUUCUUAAUUGGCCAGGCUGGACUCUGGGCGUAGGAGCAGCUGGCGACUUCAUUCAUUAUCACAGGACCUGACUCCUUGGAACCCGUGAGACCAGGGAAGGCCGCAGGAAGAAGGGGCUGCACCUUCUCUGCUUCCUCCAGAGGACUGUUUGCCUGGCUUCCGUUUCAGGCCGUGCGGGUCCCUUUAUUGACUCACAGACAACCUGUAGCACCAGUUUCUCACCCUUGAACCUCAGUCUUAUUUCUCUUCUCACCUGGGCUCCAAGCGCCCUGCUGAGAUGACGAAGGUGACUUUGCCUUCCCACGUGUCACUCCUUGACCUGGGCCGCAGGAGUCAGGAGGAGUGAGCCGGUGUGUCAGGUGGAGGAGGGUGAUGCGUAACAGCGCACCGACUCUCUCCACAUCUGGUGGACUCUUCCUACAAGGCAGCGCCCGCUCGUGAGAGGUUGGUGUUUGUUGUCGCUCUGUGGCAUGUGUGCUUUGGGACGACUGAGUCCUGCCCCAUCCAGGGAAUGUUUUCUCUGACAAGAGCCUCUGCUUGAUGUAUUAUGCUGUGACUUGCUGGAGGAAUCCGGCCUUAAACAACAGGAAAGGGAUGGGGGGGGG